ACAUUCAAAUCUUAGUUUCCAUCUCUCUCCCAAAACUCGAUUCAUUAACUCCCUCACCUCCUCCCUCUCCUCGCCAUGCCUUGCCUUUACAUCUCCACCAAUGUCAACUUGGCCGGAGUCGACUCCGCUGCCAUCUUCUCUGCCACUACCACUGCUGUCUCCUCCAUUAUCGGCAAACCCGAAAAUUAUGUGAUGGUGUUGCUGAACGGGUCGGUGCCAAUAUCGUUCGGAGGGAACGGGGAUCCAGCAGUGUUCGCGGAGGUGGUGUCCAUGGGAGGAAUAAACUCAGAAGUGAAGAGGAGGUUGAUCUCAACCCUGGGAAGCAUUUUGAAUGAAAAGCUUUCAGUUCCACCGGCGAGAUUCUUCCUUAAAGUCCACGACACGACGGCUGGUCGCCCCAUUUCCAAAUUAUGACUCUCCCCGGUGGCUGCCUUUUUCACCUCUUCCAACUUUCAUAUAUAUAUUAUAUACGCUUUUCUCUUUAUAAUUAUAAUUUCUUUAUGGUCCUGUUCUGUUUGUCUGACUUUCUCUAUUAUUUCUGUCUGUUGACAGUUUAUUCGAAAAGUCAAUCAGUUGUUUUGUUUCUUUUAAUUACAACACGUGAGGUGAAUGAGACAAACUUUUUAACCUAAAAAAAUGAUAAUAUAUAAACUUUAUUGUCAUUUGAGCUUAA